AUGGCGAAAAUAGGCCGUAUCGGCGAGUUCGCAGAGGGCAAAGAGGAUUUCAGUUGUUACGUUGAGAGACUGGAACAGUUUUUUGCCGCGAAUGAUACAGCUGACGUUAAACGGGUCCCUGUGUUUCUAGCGGUAGUAGGUCUGCAAACAUAUGCUUUGCUUGGGAACAUUCUCACCCCAGAACUGCCCAGUACCAAAGCGUAUGAGGAGUUGACGGCAGCACUAACUAGACAUUACUCCCCCAAACCACUCGCUUUGAGGGACAGACUAGUAUGCGGAUUACGGAGUGAGGUCAUACAAAAGAAACUGUUGGCAGAGAAAGACUUGGACCUGGCCAGGGCUAAUGAAAUCGCGUUAGCCAUGGAGAUGGCGACAAAGAACACUGAGGUAAUUUCGCAGCCGGCCAUUGGUUCAGUCAAUGUUGUGAACAAAGGUCAGAAGUACAAGCCUCGGAAAUCAAAGUACUGGGGUACUGAAAGAUCACACUCGGACAAGGCAGAGGGAACCAACAGUGACUCAGGUAAAAGGUGUUUUCGCUGUGGUGGAAAACAUAUACCAGCAGACUGUAAGUUUCUGCAUGCGCAGUGUUAUGUGUGUCAGAAAGAGGGACAUAUUGGAAAAAAAUGUCCAACCAAAAGGUCAAAAGGGCCUGUAAGCGGUACUAACAUUAGUAAGACUAAGUAUCUGGAGGCGCAGGAACUCAAGGAUUAUGAGUUCUUAUAUGGCCUGUAUAAUGUCGCUAGUGUUGAUAAGGGCUAUAAGGUGAACCUCGAUUUGAACGGUUGUCCAGUUCAGAUGGAAAUUGACACAGGAGCCGAGGUCACUAUUUGCUCGGAGAAGGUGUAUACUGAUCACCUCUCGCAAUUGUCCUUGCAAAAGCCCACGGUCAAGCUGAAAUACUAUGGUGGCGUGAACGUGCCAUUACGCGGUGAGGCUCAAGUAAAGGUUCGGUCGGAUGUACAGCCCAUUUUCUGUAAGGCCCGGGCGGUGCCUUUGUCCCUGAAGGAAGCCUUAGAGAAGGAGUUUCAUAGACUUGAAAAUGAAGGCAUUGUGUCGCGAGUCGAACAAAGCGAUUGGGCGACUCCAGUUGCCAUUGUGCCUAAGGCCGAUAAGUCAAUACGCCUUUGUGGCGACUUCAAGGUGACUGUAAACAAGUGCUUGGAUGAACAACAGUAUCCACUUCCGAAUGUGGAAGACAUGUUUGCACAGCUGGCCGGUGGUCAGAAGUUUACGAAGUUGGAUUUAUCGCAGGCGUACCAGCAGUUAACAUUAGACGAGGCCUCAGAGAAACGAUAUCCUACGGCACCAAGCGACAGUGAACACAUCAAGAUCUUAGGUGAAGUGUUGCGCAGACUCGAGGAGCACCACGUCCGUCUACGCGAGGACAAGUGUAAGUUCAUGGAGGACACCGUCGAGCAUAUGGGUCAUAUGGUGGAUCGCGAGGGAAUCUAUCCCACUGAGGCGAAAAUCGAAGCGAUCAAGAACGCGCCAAGUCCGACAAAUGUGUCUGAACUGAAAUCAUUUUUAGGACUUUUGAACUAUUAUGGUCAGUAUAUGCCGAAUCUGUCGACCAAGUUGCAGCCUUUGCACGAGCUUUUGCGACAGGAUGAGUCCUGGAACUGA